GCGCAGGUUCGGUGGCUGUGUCGGGACCCUUCACUUUCGUGAUGUCGUGUCCUUCCUUUUCUUCUACCAUCUCUGUUCACGGCCGUCCAGGAUAUGGGUCUCUGCAGAGAUUCUGGUCCUUUGGCCCUACAGGACGCAUGCAUUCGAGGCUCCUGGUCAGUACUGAUACCGACAACGCUCGUCAUCACGUUCUGCAUAUUCUCUAUUCCAAUAAAGGUGCCAGCAAAAAUCCAGACGUUUAUCAACGACAUCCAGGCGCCAUUGCAGACGUUUUUACCUCUUCAUGAGGCAGAAGCACUCGACCUAGACGACAAGGGGCCGGGGGGGGAGAUUGAGGUCGACUAUGUUGUCCCUCUAUGGCGUACUGUCGUUUUCGCGUUGUUGGGCCUUGUGGAGGCGUUAUCAUGGUUGGGAGACGGUUCUUAUCGUCUUGCUAUGAAUCCCCAAGAUCCUUGGUCAGGAAUUCAGCCACUUUUGAUGGCGCUGACGUGGCUCUACACGGUCGUGGUGCCGGUUGCACGUCCUUCUCCCACUCCCCCUUUCGACUUGUUCACGCUGUACCUCGUACACUUCCUCAGCGGAAUUAUCCUGUUGGGUGGUUCUCUAUACGAAACCUCAGUCUACGACCUCCCUUUACCACCGGCGACUCUCAUUUCGGCUUACUCGAUCAACUUGGUAAUCGUUUUGUUGGUGCUUGGGGUCGUCGUCAGCAUGCCUCUUGACUUGCCAAGCAGACAAGUUGACAAAAAGUCUAUUGGAACCACUGUCAGUCCAGAGGACUAUACGACGCUCUUUGGAUGGCUUACCUUCUCUUGGGUCUAUCCACUGGUUAACAAUGGCAGAUACAACACUUUGAAUGACGCCGACGUCUGGAACCUUAGCCCUUCAUUUCAAUCUCGUCCCCUAUUUAUCAAGUUCAGCAGUGUCACUCGCUCCUCCCUUCUUCGCAAGAUCUGGGCAUCUAACUCAUUAGACAUCAUACUCGAUGCCUUUUUCACAAUCCUCAGCGUGAUCUUCAAUUAUACGACGCCGUUCUUCCUCAAUCGAAUUCUAGCUUCCAUUGAUAGCGACGCUGCACCGGAAGAUCGCACAAAUGCGUACAUUUACGCGUUUUUGAUGUUCAUAAUAUCUGUCGCCAGGGCCGAAUUAGAUUUGCAGCAUCUGUGGUUCGGGCGACGAGCAGCAACAAGGAUUAGAUCUGAGCUUAUGGCAGCAAUCUAUGACAAGGCGUUAAAGCGAAAAGACUUCUCGGGUAUUAUUGACGCGGAUAAAGGCAUAUCUGCCAACGACAAGAAGGACGCUGCUACUGCGAAUGGAACAGGCAAGAAGAAGGCCAAGGCCAAGGAAGAUGAUAAAGGUGAUGAUCCUAAAGCCGGUGCCGAUGUCGGUAAAAUUGUCAACUUGAUGGCUGGCGAUGCUAAUAAGAUCUCGAACAUGGUCACUGGGGCGUACUAUAUCUAUGGAGCUCCCCUUGAAAUCAUUAUUGGCGGAAUCUUCCUAUACCAGCUGCUUGGAUGGUCUGCUUUUGCUGGCUUUGUUGUUCUGCUCGCCGGUUGGCCUCUGAACAGCUACCUCUCCAAGAGAAGCGUCCGUAUCCAAAAGGGGUACAUGGCUGAAAAAGAUAAGCGGAUGGGCGUCCUCAGUGAACUCAUUGGAGCCGUCAAAUUCAUCAAGUUUUUCGCUUGGGAGGACCGAUGGAUUGACCGCGCCAUGGAGGCCAGGGGCAAGGAGCUGAAAUGGCUGAUUAAAAGCAGAGUCAACUGGAUAAUGUUCCACGUCUUGUGGACCACGGCUCCCAUUUUGGUAUCCAUCAUUGCCUUCUUUGCGUAUAUCGUUCAGGGCAAUGAACUGACCAUAAGCACCGCCUUUACGGCUAUCUCUCUGUUCGCCAUGAUUCGGGGACCGCUCAAUAUCAUACCGAUGUGGAUUGUUCAGGUUCUCCAGACUGGCGUUGCCCUCAAACGAAUUGAAGUUUACCUCCAGGAGGAGGAGGUGACGGAUCAGGUCUCAUCGCUGAAGAAAGAUCUUUCAGAACCUCUCCUUCUUGGACCUGAUGAAGAUGGCCUGGGGCUUGAAAACGCUUCGUUAAAGUGGAACGAAGUUGAGAAACCCAAAGAAGAUGAGCCUGGCAACCAUAACAAACUGUCGGCCGCAUCUUCUACAGAAUCCGCCGAGAGCCUAGCCGAGACUAUUGAGGGCGAACCUGUGGAUCAUAAGUUUGAGCUUCGUGAUAUUUCAGUAUUGUUCCCCGAGGGCGAACUUAGCAUUAUUACAGGCCCUACUGCCAGUGGCAAGACCGCUUUGCUUAUAGCUGUCCUCGGUGAAAUGACACUCCUCGAUGGCCGUAUCAUCAUGGCAAAAGAUAGAUCUAGAAUUGAUGAACACGGAAAUAUGCACGCGAUCUCUUAUGCUGCCCAAGCGCCUUGGCUACGGCAUCAGUCUAUCAAGGAUAAUAUCCUAUUCGGUUAUCAGCUCGAUGAAGAACGGUACGAAGCGGUAAUAGAGUGCUGCGCUUUGAAACCCGACUUGGCAAUGCUUGAAGACGGUGAUGCUACGGAAAUUGGUGCUCGUGGUGUUAGUCUAAGUGGAGGACAGAAGGCUCGCGUUGCUCUUGCUCGUGCUGUUUAUGCCCGCACCAGAUAUGUUCUUCUCGAUGAUCCUUUAAGCGCUGUGGAUAGUCAUACCGCAAGGUUCUUAUAUGAGCGUCUCCUUCUUGGACCCCUUUUGGCCAACAGAACAGUUGUCCUUGUUACCCAUCACGUUGAGCUAGUUCUUCCGGGAGCUUAUUACUUGGUUCGCAUGCUUGAUGGGCGUAUAGAUGCAAAGGGCACUGUCAAGGACCUCCGUGCGCAAGGACUGUUGGACGAGAUAACACAUGACGCGGCGCUUGAGGCUCACGAGGAGCAAAUACAGACCGAACAUUCCACGGAAGUCACCGUGGAGGCCAUCACUGACAAAUCUACUGGUGUCGAGGCAAAGAGACCUCGGAAACUCAUAAAAGAUGAACAUCGCGAAACUGGCGGUGUCAAGUGGAGCAUCUACAGAAGCUACCUAAAGGCGUCUUCAUAUUGGAUUUGGGGCCUGCUUCUGUUUUUCGUGGCCGUUAACCAACUCCUGGGUAUCUCUGAGAAACUCUGGAUUAAGACAUGGGGAGAAGCGUAUGGCGAUGUCCAGACAUCGAUAUUUUAUAACAGCAGAGCUUUCUCUGCCCCGGAACAUGAAAUUAUUUUCGACGGUCAUAUUCAGUCCCACAUUCAUAACUUCCAUAAUGCACCUCCAUCGAUAAGCUUCACUGGUCCCCACCUUCCUGAUGCUCGGGAACACCCAUUGUUCUAUGUUGGUGUUUACGCCGCGAUUGGAGUUGGAGCAGCCCUUGUAAGCGUGAUGUCAACAACAGCUCAGUUUACGGGAGCUCUCAGAGCAUCACGUAUCCUCUUCCAGCAACUUCUUGUCACCGUCGUUCGAGCUACAUUUAGAUUCCAUGAUACCACCCCCCAAGGGCGUAUGCUCAAUCGUUUCGGCAAGGAUAUCGAGGUCAUCGAUUCUUCAUUGGCUGGAUCUAUGCAAGCUGUGAACUCGUCACUUGCCAGCUUCUUUGCGUCAAUUCUGACUGUGGCAGUCAUCUUUCCUGUAUUCCUGAUCCCUGCCACGCUCAUCGGCUUUAUCUAUCGAGAGCUCGCCAUUGGUUACUUGAAUACUGGCCGAGACCUUCGCCGCAUGCAGUCGAACACUCGCUCGCCCAUCUUUUCCGACUUUGGAGAGUUGCUGGAAGGCAUUGUCACUGUCCGCGCGUUCUCAGCUGAAAAGAGGUUCUUGGACAACCUCCACAAAAAGAUAGACACCACCACAAAGAUGUGGUACGGCUUCUGGAUGACGAACCGGUGGCUCUUGUUGAACUUUGAUGCCCUGGGUGCUACUGCCGUCUUUGUUACCGCUCUAUUCUCGAUAUCGAGCCUCAAUAACGGAGCGGGCCUCGCCGGUCUUUGUAUUACAAGUGCUCUCAGCUUCACUUCAUCGGUGUACUGGGCAUGCCGGUUUUGGACCGGUCUUGAACUGGAUCUCAACUCGGUGGAAAGGGUCGUCGAGUAUCUGGAGCUGCCCCAAGAACCGCCGGCUGUCAUUGAAUCUCAUCGACCACCUGCGUAUUGGCCAUCAAGUUCAGAAAAUGACAGUCUGAUUGCGGUUGAGAACCUGGUCGUCAAGUACUCUCCUGAGCUACCUGCGGUUCUGCAGGACAUAUCCUUCACUUUGAAAGCAGGGGAAAGGAUCGGUCUUCUUGGCCGGACAGGGUCAGGAAAGUCGACCCUGGCGAUGAGUAUCUUGCGCUUUGUAGAUCCGACGGAAGGGCGUAUUCUCAUUGAUGGGAUCGAUACAUCGACGAUUGGUAUCCACGACCUUCGGUCGCGACUAACAUUUAUCCCGCAAGACGCCACCCUCUUCUCUGGCACUCUUAGAGAUAACCUGGAUCCCUUUGGUGAUCACAAUGAUGCCGAAUGCAUGGAGGCUCUGUACCGUGUACAGAUGAUCUCACAAAGCCAAUUUGCUUCGCGCCGCACGUCUCGUGCGCCUUCGGAGUUGUCAACGCCUGCAGCUUCUCGACCAGCGUCCGUCCACGAUGACACCACAGACUCGGUAUCAGCCACAUCUACCGAUGUCGAUGCGAAGACCACUGUAUCUUUGGACACAAAGGUUUCCCCUGGAGGUACCAACUUUUCCCAGGGACAACGGCAGCUGAUCGCCAUGGCAAGAGCGUUACUCCGACGAAGCUCAAUCAUUGUUCUCGACGAAGCCACCAGCAGCAUCGACUUUGCUACAGAUGCGAAGAUCCAGACGACGAUUCGGGAGGAGUUUACGCAAUCGCUGCUACUGACGGUUGCUCAUCGGCUUCGAACGGUGAUUGAUUACGACCGUCUUAUCAUCCUUGACAAGGGGAAGAUUGCUGAAUUCGAUACGCCGCUUCGGCUGAUAGAGAUGGAAGAUGGUAUAUUCAGGAAUAUGUGCUUGAAGUCUGGAAGUUUCGGCGAGCUGCAGGCGUCGGCAAAAGCGAAAGCGGAGCGCGAUGAGGCGACUGGAAGGGGAAUGUGAAUAUCUGUAAAAAUUUACAGACGGACGGGGCGGCCUUGUAAUAUAAUCUGCCGACAGAUCUGUAGUAUCAACUGCGAUUCUUGUUAUUGUCAGAAUGCAAAUUUGGUCUUGUAGUGUACAUUGGAUGAGCACAAUCAGCAUGAAGAAAUGAAUUCACC